AAAAAAUCUGGCCCAGUUUCUACCCGAGGCCCCAAACCCAGAAACCUUCUUCUUCUUUCUUCAGCCCCUGAGACGCAGAGUCCGCCAGUCCGCCGCUUGUCUUGUCAGCCGUCUCCCUCUGUCCGCCGCCGCUUGCGUCGCGCCGUAACUCCUGGGUCACUCUCUUAACUGUUCACCUCGUCAGCUGGCGUCGUCCACAUUCCAAGACUUCCAUUCUGCCCAGUCGCCUGCUCUUCCCUGCUCCACAGCCUCCUAAACUUAGUUCAUAACUGACCACCCAACUUUCUUCCUGGGCUACUCCUGGCUACGCCCCUGUUCUCUUGUGUUUCUUGAAGCUCAGAAGUUGAGUAGAAGAGAUGGGGCCAAGAAAGUGUGGAGUUUGCGAUGAAUCUCAGUCAAAAUACAAAUGCCCCAACUGCGUUAUACCCUAUUGUUCAUUGUCAUGCUUUAAGAAACACAAAGAAAUUCCAUGUGAAAAACCGAUAUCUUCCUCUGAAGGAACAUUGGCAUCGUCUUUACCAGCUUUGAAUGUUGAUGAACCAGUCUACGUCGAUGAGCAAAGUGAGGAGCUAAAGCAGUCACAAUUUGAGUCUGUAGCUUUGUCAAGUGAAAUUCGUGAGGCUUUAAGAAGUGAGGAGAUUCAGAAACUUAUAUGCAGCAUAGAUUGCUCUAAAGAUGCCGAGUCUGAACUCGAAAAAGCGAUGCAAAAGGAAGAGUUUCAUAUGCUUAGUCAGAAGAUCCUAUCCGCCAUUAAUCCUUGAUGCCUAGCUCCUAAGCAUGUUCUGGAUUGUAACUUAUGUGCUGCUGUGCAAGAUUUAAGCUGCUUUUAGAAUGACGAUGAUGCGAGAACGGUAUAAAACAGAAUAUUUUAUGAUCUUUGCUCCUCAAAAAGUUAGUCUGCACAUUAGUGUUCUUUCUCAAGUACUUCUCCAUUUUUGUGUGAUGUAUUGAUGUGUGAUGUUUGUUUUUUUAAAUAAAAAAUAAAUUAUAGCUAAAGGGUGUGUUUGGAUUUUGAAAAUGCUAUGGAAUUGAACGAAAGUGGCUGAAGUAGGUGAUGUUAUUAUGUUUUAAAAGAAAUAUUGAGCAAUAUAACUAAAACAAAGAUAUUG